CAACUUGUCCCCGUCUUCUUAAUGCUAGUCUAGUCCGUACUCUCUCUUCUGUCGACACUCGACACUCGACACACACAAACACACCCUUAGCAACCUGACUCAGUCUCACCCAACAACAAUAAUACCAUGUGCAUCUACUAUUCCUUCAACCUCACUUGAUUCAUUCAUUGAUUCAUUCUCAAUUUCUCAUUCUUAUAAUCAAUUCCAUUCAAAUCCAUCAUCAUUCUCUAUUCAUCAAACACUCAACAAACCAAGAAAUUGUCAAUAAUUUAUGGGUGGCAACGGUAAACACAGGUGGAAAAUCUCCUUCCACCGUUCUUCCUCCCACUCUAAGCUUGAACCUCCUAAGGAAUUUCUAUGCCCCAUUUCCGGGUCAUUAAUGUCCGACCCGGUUGUCGUCUCUUCGGGUCAAACAUUCGAGCGUCUCUCCGUUCAAGUCUGCAACGACUUGAAGUUCUCACCCAAUCUCAACGGAACCCGACCCGAUUUCUCCACCGUCAUCCCCAAUUUGGCCAUCAAAACCACCAUCCUCAACUGGUGCCGCAAAUCCGCCACCCCACCACCGUGCCCGCCCGAUUACUCCGCCGUCGAGAGCCUGGUUCGUCAAGCAAUGGCGGCGGAGCCGCAAGAGAGUGUUAGGGUUUCCGAGAAGGAGCUGCUGAAGGCGGUUGCUGAUAACCCGGUGAUGAUAGGUUUCUCUCACGCCGCCACUGAACUGGGUCCGCCCCGGGUUAACGACUUCAACUCCGCGUCGUCGUCGGAGGAAUCGGUUAUCAUCGCCGCGAGUCCCCCCGGAACGCCGUUGCCGCUCACCACUCGCCCUACUUGCUUCUCUUCGUCGUCGUCGUCCUCCUGCGAGAUCGAAGCGCAAAACCCUAGCGGAGCUCCUCCUUCGGAGGAGGAGGCGAGAUUGGUGAAGAUGAUGAAGAGCAACGAGGUUUUCGAGCAAGAAGAAGGCGUGGUUAUGCUGAGGAGUGUCACCCGGAACAGGGAAGAGGCUCGGGUUUCGCUCUGCACGCCGCGUCUUCUCUCGGCGCUGCGGUUGUUGGUGGAGUCGCGAUACGUCGUCGUUCAGGUCAACGCGGUGGCGUCGCUGGUCAACCUUUCUCUGGAGAAGACUAACAAGGUGAGGAUUGUGCGGUCAGGGUUUGUUCCGUUUCUCAUCGAUGUUUUGAAAGGGGGAUUCAGUGAGUCGCAGGAGCACGCUGCGGGCGCGCUUUUCAGCUUGGCGCUGGAUGAUGACAACAAGAUGGCGAUUGGGGUUCUCGGCGCGUUGCAGCCGCUAAUGCACGCGCUGCGGUCGGAAUCCGAGAGGACUAGGCAUGACUCGGCGCUUGCGCUGUACCACUUGACUCUGGUACAGAGCAACCGGGUCAAGCUGGUGAAGCUCGGGGUUGUCCCGACGCUGCUUUCAAUGGUGGCGAACGGGAAUCUGGCGAGCCGGGUGCUGCUGGUUCUGUGCAAUGUGGCUGCGUGCGUGGAGGGGCGGACCGCGAUGCUGGAUGGCAAUGCGGUUGAGAUUCUGGUGGAUUUGCUGAGGAGGAAUAAGUUUGACUCGGAGGCUACUCGGGAGAACUGCGUGGCUGCGCUGUACGCGCUGAGUCAUGGGAGCUUGAGGUUCAAAGGGUUGGCAAAGGAGGCUAAGGCUGUGGAGGUACUGAGGGAGAUUGAGGAGACGGGAACGGAGCGGGCAAGGGAGAAGGCUCGGAGGGUGUUGCAGACGAUGAGGGCUGGUGAGGAUCAACCAGGGUCACAGUUUGAUAGCCUCUUCGAAUCCGAUGGGUUGCCUCGGACUCGCCACCGAGCUGCUGGUGCCUGGAACACCAACCAUGUGAACUCAACCACAUUUUAGGUUUCUGAUUUUCAUUUGAUUUCCAAUACCCUUUCCUUCCCUAAUUUAAUUUUUUUCAACAGUUUAAACUUGUUGGUUUAGGGUAUGUAGAACAAGGGAUAAAUUGUAAGUUAUUGAUGAAAUUUGUAAGUAAGUAGUAACUGUAGGGGAUUGAUUGAAGUAGAGGUUGGGUUUGAAGUGGGAACUAGUAUAUAUGGUGUUGCUGGAUUUUGGUGUAAAUCAUGAAGGUGGCCAUUUCAAGCUUGCUAUUCUGCA